GUGUGCACGCGGUCCGACGUUCUCUGGCCUAGGGAUUCCCCGGGUUGCAUUGACCCAGAAGGCUCUCUCCAUGGAUGAUACCAGAGAAGGGCAGUGCUGUCGUGUACCGCGUCGAGUACGCGAUCCAUCCCACAAGGGGCUUACAAAUAAGUUUUUUCGAAGCACGACCGUUUCGCACGUUUCGCAUGGGACUUCCCGAAUGAGCGAGGUCGGGCACUCCUUCUGGAGCUGGCGUUCCGUGUCCUUGUUCCCACACACCACUGUACUGAACCAUGUGUCGACUCGUGACCUCGCCUGCUCAUUAUUCGCCCUGCUGUUGGUUGCCAUUCUACUACUUUUCGUCUCGUUUCUGCUCAGGAACCUUUGGAAAGAAGACAGAUCUCCCACCGAAAAGAUUACCAUCUUCUUAAAUGGGCCGAUCAAAUUGGAGGGCUACAUAAGUCACGUAGACGGCAUUGAUGUGCAAGUCUUUUUGGGCGUGCCCUAUGCGGGACCAACUGUCCGCUUCAGGCGGCCGAGUCCAGUACCUAAGGUUAAUGCAACGGUCUUGGAUGCUACACAAAUGCCCUGGGCAUGCCCUCAAGACAACAUAUUGCCCCGCAUCGGAACCAUGUCAGAAGAUUGUCUCACCCUGAGCAUUUGGACUCCAAAAUUUGUCUGUACGGAACGGCCUUGUGUAAACCGAACUGUUGUGUUCUUUCUUCAUGGAGGUUUCUUUCAAACCGGAAGCAACAGUGACUACUACUACGAUGGGAGUCGUUUGUCAGCAGCUGGAAACUUGGUUGUCGUAGCACCCAACUACAGACUGGGUGCCUUUGGGUUCCUGAACUAUAAUACCAGUGACGCCCCAGGGAACAUGGGAAUAUUAGACCAGCGGGAAGCGCUUUUCUGGGUGCGGGACCGCAUCGGAGAGUUUGGCGGCGACGCGACCAAGAUAGUGCUCAUGGGCCACGAAUCUGGUGCAGCCUCCAUAGCCUUCCAUCUGCAUACAGCACACAAGGUUCUUCACUUCAAAAGGGUCAUUUUGCUCAGCGCAAGUCCUUUCUCCAGGUAUCCAGACGACAGCGCGACUCCACAGAAGCUGGCAGAGAAACUGGCCACUGCUUUGUCCUGUCCUCUGCAGCCGAGCGAGAUUGUCAACUGCCUCCGGACGUUUCCCCAUGAUGUGAUCUCCCGAACGAAGAUACGCUUUUUUCCCACUUUUACUGGACAACUUCUCUCCGCACAUCCAAUUACGCUGCGCCAACAGACGAAGUUAGAAGACAUGGAUGUUAUGCUCGGCUACACGGAGAUGGAAGGCCUGUCAAUGUCGAAACGCUACCUACCUUUCUUGACAUCGGAAUACUUGAUGGUACAAAAGCACGUUCUCGAAACCAGCUCCAGGGUUCUUACUCGCAUGGGUUUCGACCCGCAAUCUGCUAUAUGGAUAUCGGAACAAUACAGUUUGAGCUUUGCGAACCGUGCACGUAACUGGGUGCAAGACUUGCUGUCCGAUAUCCUGGUGGUGUGCCCUGUUCAGUACUAUGCGGAGUAUCUCGCCAUAACUGGGAACCGCGUCCAGUAUUAUUAUGCAUAUCGUCAAAAUGCUACCGAGUGUGAGAGUGUGCAAUAUGGGUACGUGACGGACCACAUCUUCAGACCUGACUACAAGUACGCGGGUUCGGAAGCAAAUGACUUCAGUCGGAAGAUCGUCCAGGUGUUUGCAGACUUCGCCAAUAAUUUGACGAAGUUUCUCCCACGGACAGUCUUCAGUGCUGGGUGCUCAGUGGUCUUCGGGCAGUUCACGAAGUCAACGUCCUUAAACUUCAGAAAGGAGCAGUGCUCGUUCCUGAGGCCCUUCUACAUGAGAAAGAACCGCACUAAAGUGAACGGAGUCUGAAUGGACAAUGAAGAACGAGUAGUAUAGGAGCUUAGUACACCAAAUGGAAUACAUACAUUGUACGAAUAUAUACAACGUACGUGUGAAGAUAAGA